UUUUUAAUCGAUUUUGCCGACUGUGCAGCUGUCGGAGCAGCAAAGGGAAAACAGAUUCUACAGGACAAGUUGGGCACUAUGGCCGACUAUUUCGAUGAGCUGGGACAUGAGCCCACCGGGCCGGAGGGGGCCAACGAUUUCGAGCGAAACUACCGACGUCUGCAGGUGCUGGCCAUAAUGAAUGGCAUCGAUAUGGAAAUCGAGGUGCCGGAGGCAUCUAAAAGGGCUAUAGACGCGCUGCCGAUCCAUGAAAUUGCAGCCGACGAGGUCAAGGAGGAUUUCGAGUGCUCCGUGUGCAAGGAACCGGCCAAAGAAGGCGCCAAAUUUAAAGUUUUGCCAUGCAAACACGAAUUCCACGAGGAGUGCAUUAUGCUAUGGUUAAAGAAGGCCAAUUCUUGUCCAAUUUGCCGUUAUAUCUUUGAAACGGAUGAUGAGGUCUACGAGGAGCUGCGACGUUUCCAGCAGGACGAGGGCAAUCGACGUCUGCGCCAAGAAAAUUUAAUGGACUCCAUGUUUGGCUAAGAGAAACGAAACACAUAUUUUUUUUAUAUUUUUUCAAUGGUUUUGGU